AUGUGGCUCUUUCGAAUCCUCUCCUCGGCUCUCUUCCUCACCGUUAUCGUUCUGUCCAUUCCUCUUGCCUUCGAUGUGGGUGGUAGAACAUGCGGUCUGGCCUUUUCUCUGUCCCUCGCGGGCUUCUACUUCUUUUUCUCGAUCCUGAAGCUCGCGACGCCGGAGCGGUCAUGGUUCCGCCACUCCCUGGUGGUGCUCAUCCAGUCGACACAGUGGCUGAUCGUCCCGUCGCUCCUCAUUUGGUCGCUGAAUAGGUUCUCGGUCGAUUCGGAUAAUAGCAGCGGAUGGGUGGAACGUACUUUCAGCGGGAAGCGAGCGCAGGAUACCUCCAUUCGUUCGUGGAUCCUGGGACCGGACGGGCUUCUCGAGGCCAUGACACUUGGAAGCUGGGACAAGUUCUUGACGUGGUCCACUCCAGUAUUCCAGCUGGUCGAAGGCUUCUGCAGCUUACUGGUCAUCCAGGCUGCAGGCCAGAUCACUCGAUGGCUGGUCAACAGAGGAGGACGCAGUGACAGCUGGAUGAUCGGGCUACUAGUGCUCUCCGCGUCGAUCAUCUCUAGCUCCGUUUACUUCCUUUGGCGUGUCCUGCAGUUUCCUGGGAUAUCUAAUGUAGAUUCUGCUCUGAUCGGUGUGGCUAUCACCUGCGCAGUGAUAUUAUGUGCUUGGGGAAUUGGCAGUGGCCGUGGAAAUGCAGUGGAGAGCUCUCUGCUUUUCGCAUAUAUUGUGCUCUGUAUCUAUCAGAUCUUCACAGACUACCAGCCCUCUCACCCGAUUGAGCAGGCCACCCCGCCAACGGCUGCGGAUUUCCCUCCGCUGCCGCCGAUCAUCAUGGCCUCAUAUACCACGAUUAUGCAUGCGCUGUCUCUCCUGCCAUCAAUCAUUCAUGGGGCUUUCAAUGUUGUCACCGCUGCAUUCAGUGCUGUCACCCCGUCAGUCCUGAUAUCUCUCGCGUACCGUCUUUUUGUUCUAUACGCCUCGACCAGAAUAAUACCCGCAGUCCGUGAAUCAGGAGCGCGAGCUCUGUCACAGGAAGCGUCUCUCGAUGAUACAGACGGUGCGGGGCAAUUCCUCGGCCUUCUGAGUUGGUUCUCUCCUUCCAUCCUCGUUGCAGUCUACACUAGUCUUUUGAUGCAACAUUUCGCGUCCACCUCACAAGCGAUGGGCGGGAGCGGAGAAUGGUGGAGCAGCCAAGGAGGCGGUGGAGGAAACUUCUGGAGAUGGAUCAACCUUGCUUGUACGAUGGGUCUCUACGCAGUAGAACUAUGGCUCGGCAAGCAGGAUGAUAUCGACGCGGGAUUAGCUGGUCAUUGGAAGACAGAUUGA